AUGGCAUCUCGAUCACAUGUCCAUGAGUUUCCACUUAGCCAUGGCGGUCGAAGAAUCCCAGCCAUCGGCAUGGGCACUGCAGCAAGCUUACCUAUAACAAAACAACCUUUUCUUCAUGCCAUAGAAUGCGGUUACAGACAUUUCGACACUGCUUCUCUGUAUGAAUCUGAGCAACCUCUUGGAGAAGCCAUAGCCGAAGCACUCAGUCUCGGUCUGAUUAACUCUCGCGAAGAACUUUUCAUCACUUCGAAGCUAUGGAGCACCGAUUCUCAUCAUCACCUUGUCCUUCCUGCAAUUCAAAAGACUCUAAGCAAUCUUAAGCUGGAAUAUGUUGAUCUGUAUUUAAUACACUGCCCUUUUAGCAUAACUCCUGGAAAAUAUGAAUACCCACCAAACCAAGAAGAUGUAUUAGAGAUGGAUUACAAAGGAGUUUGGACAGCAAUGGAGGAAUGUCACAAACUUGGCCUUGCAAAGUCAAUUGGUGUCAGCAAUUUCACUUGCAAGAAGCUUGAAGAUCUUCUCCUUGUAGCUACAAUCCCCCCUGCAAUCAAUCAGGUGGAGUUGAACCCUGUUUGGCAACAACACAAAUUGAGAGAGUAUUGCAAGUCUAAAAAUAUACUUUUGGAAGCUUUCUCUCCUUUGGGGAGCUGCGGAUCUCAAUGGGGGACCAACAAAAUUGUCGGGUGUAACGUGAUAGGAGAGAUCGCAAAGGCCAAAGGGAAGAGUGUCGCUCAGGUUUGUUUGAGAUGGGUAUACGAGCAAGGGGUAGUAGUGAUUGUGAAGAGCUUUAACGAUGAAAGAAUGAAGGAGAAUCUCGAUAUAUUUGAUUGGAAUUUGAGUGAGGAAGAAUUGAAGAAGAUAGCUGAUAUCCCUCAGAGCAGAAAUUUUAUAAUACAUGUGAUAUCUGAAAUAGGACCUUUCAAGUCACUCAAUGAUCUUUGGGAUGGUGAAAUUUAACUCAUUUGUUGAGGAUUUUCAUGAA